AUGGGUUGCUCCACCUUCAUAGUGGAGUCUCUUAGGCAAUGGAUAGGAGGAAGACUCGGAAACCUCGUCGAUUCCAAUGGGCCCAUGAUGACAGUCUCGGAUGUAUAUGAGUUGUCAAUUUCAGCAGUAUGUCAACUUGAUUGGCCAAAAGACCGUUUGCUGAUUCAAGUUCUUGAUGACUCUGAUGAUGAAAGCAUUCAACAGUUGAUUAAGGCUGAGGUUUCCAAAUGGAGGCAACAGGGAAUUAACAUAAUCUGCCGGCAUCGUUUGAUCAGGACUGGUUAUAAAGCUGGGAAUCUCAAGUCUGCAAUGAGCUGCGAUUAUGUGAAGGAUUAUGAAUUUGUUGCAAUAUUCGAUGCAGAUUUCCAACCAACCGCAGAUUUUCUCAAGCAGACAGUUCCUCAUUUUAAGGAUAAUCCUGAGAUAGGAUUGGUUCAGGCCAGAUGGGCAUUCGUCAACAAGGAUGAAAACUUGUUGACUCGUCUCCAGAAUAUAAACUUGUGUUACCAUUUUGAGAUUGAACAGCAGGUCAAUGGGGUUUUCCUGAAUUUCUUUGGUUUUAAUGGAACUGCUGGUGUUUGGAAAAUCAAAGCAUUGGAAGAGUCUGGAGGUUGGCUUGAACGUACGACUGUAGAAGAUAUGGACAUAGCUGUUCGGGCACAUCUCAACGGUUGGAAAUUCAUAUAUCUAAAUGAUGUUAAGGUCCUUUGUGAAGUUCCCGAGUCUUUUGAAGCGUACAGGAAGCAACAACAUCGUUGGCAUUCCGGUCCUAUGCAGCUUUUUCGGUUGUGUCUGCCGUCUGUCAUAACUUCCAAGAUAUCAAUAUGGAAGAAAGCAAACUUAAUUUUUCUCUUCUUUUUGUUGAGAAAACUGAUCCUUCCUUUCUACUCUUUCACAUUAUUUUGCGUAAUUCUUCCUUUAACCAUGUUUAUCCCUGAAGCCGAACUUCCCAUGUGGGUUAUUUGCUACGUGCCAAUUCUUAUGACAUUACUUAACAUUCUCCCGGCACCAAAAUCCAUUCCGUUCAUCGCCCCUUACCUACUUUUCGAAAACACCAUGUCUGUAACAAAAUUCAACGCAAUGGUAUCGGGACUUUUCCAAUUGGGCAGUUCAUACGAGUGGAUUGUGACAAAAAAAGCAGGCAGGUCUUCGGAAUCUGAUUUACUGGCUAUUGUUGACAAGGAUAUGAAAGCAUUGGUACAACCACAGAUCAUCCAAGGUGCUUCUGAAAGUGAUCUUUCUGAAUUGACCCCAUUAAAAGAACAAAAGCCUCGACUGGUUAAGAAAACUAACAAGAUAUACAGGAAAGAGCUAGCCCUUUCUUUCCUCUUGCUUACAGCUUCAGUCAGAAGCCUGUUAUCAGCUCAAGGACUCCAUUUCUACUUUCUGCUUUUCCAAGGAGUGACCUUCCUUCUCGUUGGCCUCGACUUGAUUGGAGAGCAAAUCAGUUAA